CAAGACGAAGGGAAGAAACAGAAGUGGCGAAUACGAGAGGUCUUUUUUAUAACUAGAGUCACAGCCGACAUAAAUAAACCACCGUGAAGGCAAAUCAACUCCAGGUGACUGACCAUGGCUGUGAACGUGUACUCGACCUCAGUGACCAGCGAUAAUUUAAGUCGCCACGACAUGUUGGAGUGGAUCAAUGAGUCUCUACAGAUGAACCUCACCAAGAUAGAAAUGUUGUGCUCAGGUGGUGCAUACUGCCAGUUCAUGGACAUGCUGUUUCCCAACUCAGUGCCUCUGAAGAGAGUUAAAUUUGGUGCCAAGCUGGAGCAUGAAUACAUCCAUAAUUACAAGCUCCUGCAGCUGUCCUUCAAAAAGAUGGCAGUUGACAAAAUCAUUCCAGUAGACAAACUGGUGAAGGGGAAGUUCCAGGACAACUUUGAGUUCGUCCAGUGGUUCAAGAAGUUCUUUGACGCCAACUACGAUGGAAAGGAGUACGACCCGGUGGAGGCGAGGCAGGGCCAGGACGCCAUGCCCCAAGGACCCUCCCCGUCAGCGCUCAACAAACCACCCAAGAAGGCCCUCAGUCAAGCUCCUCAGAGGCCGCCUGUCGCCAAGGUAGCGCCCAAGUUGUCUAACGUCAGCGCGAGGAAGCCGGGGAUGGGAGGAGGCGAUGAGGAGAGGGCGGAGCUUAUGAACGAGAUGGACAUGCUGAAGUCGACCAUUCAGGACAUGGAGAAGGAGAGAGAUUUUUAUUUCGGUAAGCUGAGGAACAUCGAGCUGAUCUGCCAGGAGAAGGAAGGAGAGGGCGACCCGACACUGCAGAGGAUCAUCGACAUCCUCUACGCCACAGACGAGACAAACUAAAAGUCGCUGAGCUCAGGCCGGGAUUCUUGUCUGAUGAGCUAACAAGGAUGGUUUCGUGAUACCGGACGCUGAGGAGCAGGAGGAGUUUUAAUAUUCGAGACAGCGAGAAGCUUUCACUCAGACGCCGUGGUCUUCAACCCCGCCUCGAGAUCUCUCAUCAAGCCAAGACGGCCACUUUGGUUUUAUACCCAGCACCAAACGUGAUCUCGACUGUGGGUCUCCCCCCCCCCCCCCCCCCAACCUGCUGGACUUCCUCCUCCAUCCCUCAGCCCCUCCUCUCCUGAAACACCUUUUUAACGAUAAUCGACGACGCCUCGGUCACUGCCUCUUCUUCAAACUCUCCUGUCACUCUGUAAGAACCUCCCCCCUCCCUUGCCUGUAACCCCGCCCCUCCCUAAACCAGACCGUGCAGUACCAAUCUGGUUUUUGUAAUGGACUUCAGUGUGAAAACACGGUGAUGUUCUCUGACUGUGUGUAACGUGUGUGUGUGUGUGUGGUUAUGUGUGUGUUUAAUAAUCAGUUUGAAAACAAAUCAAACAUGAAGAACCUCCUCUGAAGACCCGCCUGUCACGCAUCAUCACUUCGUCCCAGACCAACCCUGAUUGGUUGUUUCUGUGCCUCGCCUGCUGACGCUGACUCUGACUCUUUAAGAGGAAGACGCAGGCACACGAGCGAGUCCAAGGAAGUCCAAACAUUCCCAAAUAAAACAAAGUGUCGCUUCAUUUUGAUCCAAAUUCUGAGGUGCAUUGAAGUUUUUCUGUUAGCUGCUCUCACUUUUAGUAACGCUAACUACCGAUUGUGUUUUUUUUGAGAGGAUGACAUGUGUCUGCCUCGAUGCAGCGAGCUUCCAGAAUCCCUCCAGUAACGCUGUGAGUCAGAUCGCUGAAAGUGUUUCUGGGCUCUGAGUUUACCCUGCAUCUUCAUCCUAAAAAAGAUGUUUUAAUGUCACUCCAUGUGGGUAGCAACAACUGUUACAACCGUGCAAACGUGUAAUUAAGCUCUCGUCCACGUCUCUGCUCAGUGACGUCCAAAUAUUCAAUACAUUUCAACACCGCCAGUUUUAAAAAGAAUAAAAUAAAAGUUAUUUUAUUGACCAAUAGUAUUUUAAAAAGUACAGAAGUUCAUCUAUUCCAUUUGACGGCUGCAUUAGAGAGACUUUGUCCAACUUUCACAAAAGCACGGGCAGCAUUGUAGGAACUUGAAAGUUGCCGAUGUGUUUGUGCAGUUCAGACUGUGCACGAGUUUGACUGCAUGAUUGAAAUGAACCAAUAUCAGGUGCCUUGGACUUGUAGUUUUGAUGCAGUGGUAUCAUAGUUUAACAUUCUGAUAUCUCGACGCGCCUUCUGCUCCGUUUAAUAAGAAGUCAGUGAACUUUGAACUUUGUAAGUCAUGCACUAAAAUGUCCUUGGAACUCCUCGAUUUUUACGAAAAACGCAGGCUUCCUUCUGGGACGACGUGACAGCCGGGUCUUCUCUCUGCCUUUUUCCCCACCAAGAACACCUUGUUGAUUUUGUCCUGUUCAGCUUCAGAAGAGCUUUUGUAAAUGUUAUGCUACUGUUUUAUCACGUCCCCCCCUCCCCACACUCCAUUCUGAUUUCUUUAUUUGUCCUGUUUUUCCCUUUUCUUUGUUUUCGCCGCCUGUCAGUCUUUGCACGCUUGUUUCCCCUCGUGUCACUCAACGAUUACAACCAGAUUUUAAUUUGUGUGCUGAAGCCACACCAGUAGAGAAAAAGGGCUCUCCCUCCCCUCUCCACCUCACUGUGUUCUCAUUGCAGGCUUUCUUAAAUGUGCACUUCUUAAAAAUUCCAGCAAAGUGGCUUAAAACCUUGAAGUUGAUGUCAGGUGUUUGGCAAAAAAAAACGUGCAAAAACAGUUACAAGCUGCCAAAUCACAGGUGAUAUUUUUGUACGUUCAGUCUUCUGGAACCGUCUGUUUUUAAAGCACAUGCACUGUUUUCAUACCAGAGGCCCUUAAUCUGCCCCCCCAGCCCCAAAUAAAACUGGUUCCUCAUGGGGCGCCGGGCGAUCCAAACACUGUGAGCUCUGACUGUCCUCUACAUGUAGCCGGACCGAUCGAGUCUGCUCUGAUUACUGAUUUUAGUUUGAAACAAAGUGGGAGCAACGAGUCAGACUUCCACUGAAUCUAAAUAUUCCUUUCUGGGAAUGUAAGACAGGUGUCCCCCUCCCCUCCCCCCCUUCUCCCUCUUUCCAUCCCCGAUCUUAAAACUCAUAUUGUACGUCGUGGAUCUAACCUGAGACCGCUGUCACGUGUCAUUCUUUGACAUGUUUGUAAGUCAUUGAAACACACCGUAGACGAUGACGACAUGUUCUUGUUGUAGUACAUAACUUUAUCGAUGGCCUUAUUCAUAACAGAUACUUUUUUUUUCAUAGCUUUGUUUUUUGUUCUACUUUAAUGUAAGUCUCUGCUGUUAUUGGACAAAUGUUUGUACUGUUAGUCACAUUUUUUUUAUGUGUUCUGAAAAUAAACAACGUUGGAGGUAAUGUGGACGGAAGCUGGGAUGUGUCAGGGUGAAGCAGAUCAACGCGUCCUCCAUCAGACGGUCAUGGGGGGGGGGGGGAUAAUUUAAAGGUGGAGUCAGCAAAAAUGUUUGUGACGGCUUGUAAAGAAAAUGUUCAAACUGAGCCCCUCCCCCUCCUCCUGGGCUCAUCGCCGCCAGAAGCUCUCACUCACUGCAGGAUGUAGUGUGAACGUUUACUGCGAGCUACCUGAUAACUUAACAUUUGUUGUAAAGAAAAAUGAUAAUUUAGAACAAGCUAACUGCUGGUGUUUGUCACCCGCCUGUCCAACAGGAAGCAGAACAACUCCACGUCUCUUCAUUAAAACUUAAAUAAUCUGAAUUUUUAGAAAGAAUUUUCACUUAUUUCAGAAUGAACCCUCUCGUUUAAACUCUCCAAAGUAGUGUAGUCAAGACCAAGACAAACCCAAGACCAGAGUACUCCAAGACAGAGACAAGACCAAAACAUUUAGGGGUCGGGGCCGAGUAAAGACCAAGACCAAGACCAUAAAUAUCUCUGAAAAAUCAUCCCUCACUUAGAACGUAACACCGAGAAGGUUGCAGCUGUUACCAGGGGAAUAAAAAUCAAACUAAACAUGAAUUAAAGUUAUUUGUUCUUUUAAAAAGAGGUGUUUUCAUUCUACUCAGAGUAAUGACUUGGAACAAUAUCCUAUCAGUUGCGGUCUUGAUUUAAAACCUGGAGUCCUCCCAGUCUGAGUCAAAAUGCCUUUGAGAUGAGGCAGAGACCUUCAUAAGUCGAUCUUGAGAAAGACAGAUUACGAGAACUACAAUCUGACUCCAAAGAGUGAUUUUAAUCUCUCUUUUUUUUCUUUUCUUUCUAAACCGUCUGCUCUUCAUAAUGGAGAUGUGCAAAGUGCCGUAACUUCAUCUUUCUUUCUCCUCAAACGCACUGAAUUUAAGAUCUGACAAGCUUCCAGAUUUAAUUUCAGUCGUCCUGUCUAUUUGGUGAAUGUUUCACGAUUAAAACACUCGGAGACGAGAAAAUGUAGCAUGAAAUGAUCACACAGAGGAGUCAGCUGAAUAUUUAGUCGUGUGUUUGAACUCCUGAAGGUAAAGAAACAAUAAAAAAGAAUCUGGCUUCA